GUGCCGUGGAAUUCGAUUCAGUGACAGAUGUGUGUGCGAGCGUGUGUGCUUGUGUGUUGUAUAUUGAGUAUUCGGGCCUGAUACAGGUCAAAUUUGCCACUUUGGAAUGAACACAAACAAACACAUAAGUAUACUAAAAUCAAAACAAUAUCUGUACUUUUGGCCAUCAGAAUCAGAAUUGAAAAGCAGCUGCCAACGGCAAGGUCAUGUCAUCUCCUAACAUUAUAAGGGAUAUACCGCAGCGGCAUAUCGUCGGGCAUACGCACACCCACAGCCACAACCACAGUCACAGUCACACCCUCAUCCACACCCACACGCACACCCAUAACCACAACCAGAACUGGAACGGCAUGGAGCAGUCACUUAACCAGGACAUCGAGGAGCUCAGCUCCACGUUUGAGAGAAUGAUGCGACCCCACAAAGCAAAAUAUGCCUAUCCACGCCCAGCGACACCAACACCACAACGCAUUCCGGAUUCCCUCACUGCCAGCGGCAUAGUGGGUCACACAAUGGACAUGCCCAGCCGCAUGAGAGCCAUCAAAGUCUUCAAUGUGAUGCUCGCCCGUCUCUGGCGACGACGUUGCGCCGAGGUCUGCGAUUUGCAUGAACUAGUUCGCAAAUAUCAAAGUAAGGCAAGCACAAUGCGAGACGAUCUGUUUUUGCGCAACAAGAUGAUAUGCAAGGAGCAACGACGUUGCGAUCGGCUGGAAAUGGAACUGCGUCAGGUUAAAUAUGCGGCAGAGCUAAGCUCUCAGGGAUGUGUCACAAUUGAGAACGCGCUGAAUGUGGUGCGCAGAAAGGAGGCGAAAUUGCGAAGGGAUCUGCGAGCAAAGACCCAGGAGUGCAGCAAUUUUGCCGAAUUGCUCAACGUAACAAAAACUGAAAUGUUUCGCGAGCUAACAAAGUUCCGGCAAUGUGCCCAAGAAUUGGCUGAGCAACAGCGACAGAAUCGCAUUCUAGAGAUACGCAAUGCCGAACUGGAGGACGAGCUUUUAACACUUAAGGAUCGCUUUCAGUCGCAGCAUGACGAUAUUGUCGUGGCUGUGCAUUUAAAGCAGGAGAAAAUAGAUGAGGCAUACGAGACCCUCAAGGGCUAUGAAGAGGAGCUAGCAGAAUUAGAACUCAAACACAACGAGCUGCUGAAAGAGAACAACGGCGAUGCCAUACUGCAGGAGAUCGGCAAAAUGGAACGAAAAAUCGGAAUGGUUCGCUAUGUGAUAUGCUUUAUAAACACGCGUCGCUGGCGGCUGUUGCGAGCGUCGUGGCCGAACUUCAAGUGCAUUGCAUACGAGAUAGUUGCCCGAUUUCUGGACUAUAUACUGAACAGUCCGUUAUCGAUGCCAACGCUGCCAGUUACAUCGGUGGGCAUCUAUUUGACAGUUAUGUUAUUGAUAGGCGCCUUGUAUUGAGGAUAUAUAUAUAUAUGUAUACACAUAUA